AAACUACAGAUAUUUGAUAUCUUUCUCUUUGAAUGCGAUCUCAAUUCCAGCUAUUAUGUUGUCAAAACUGAACAGGAAAAAUGCGACUAUAGUCUUAUAGAUUGCAUGAUAAUUGCUAUUGUGAGAAUAAAGCAUAGCAGAAACCAAAAUGAAAUUCUCUUUGGAAAAAAGAUCUGUUGAUGGCCUGCCCAAACUUCCUUGUAUGGAUGGUACACCUAGUUGUGCCAUGUGGAAAGAUUACGUGGAAGUUUUGACCGUUAAAAAAUGUGGGUAAUGGUUUGGUUUAGCAAUGUGUCAAAUUUCAGGAUCUAAUUCAUCAUUUAACCUCCCAGGUAAUGGCCUGUGUGCCCAUGCACCCUUUGUGAUCCACGAAGCCUCUUGGUAGCCCCUAAAAUUUUUAUUUUUCCGUGUAGUAAAUUCCAUUUGGGCUGAACCUUGACAUGUGAACAGGGAACUGUAGGGUCUACACGCCCACCAAAUUCAGUCCCAUAUGACUGGCACAUGGCACAUCUAGAUGUGACCUCCACAUAAGUAAAUGUGGACAAGCUGGUUAUGGAUCCUUAGUCCAUUUUUUUUUUCAUCCAUGCUUAGAGUAAAAUAAAUUAAGGUGCAUUUCACUCCCUACUAAGAGACAAUUCAUGUAUUUAAUUUUAUUCUACAGUACUAAUGGCCGUUUUUGGUUGAUAGACACACACUGAUUUUUAUUGACACAUGCAGAGUAGUGAGGGCUACUCUUUACCCACCCACUGAUCUACCUAAAAUGGUUGUCCUCCAUUUGACCAGAUUAAAGUGGGUUGAUCUCACCCUCGUUUCGUCUCAGAUUAGGUUAGACAUGGACAUUUUCUGACACAGCGGUUGAACCUGUCAGAAACCAGCUGGUUAAGGCUAACCCUUGUUUAAAUACGGAGAAGCUUUGUGGUUGGGUACUUAAUCGUUGUCCUUAGUUAUAUACCUAUUUUAUAUCACUGGUGUACAAUGAUAUGUGGAGAUGCAGUAAUUUGUUGCAUAUGUAGCUUAUGUUCCUGUUUUGUCAACUCGUCCUCAUAUCAGAUGGAAGAAUCAAAGAAAAGAAGGGAAAGAUUGAAAGCAAUGCAAAUGGAGGCUGCUGAUGUUGAAGCUUCUAACAUUGCUGAUGGUUCUACACCUCCUGGUUACCUAUCCAAUCCACGUAUUGAGCCCUCUUCAGUUCCACUGGUGGAGGAGGCUGUUCCUAGGUUUGAUUUUUACACAGACCCUAUGGCAGGUUCCUCUGGUAACAAGAGGUGGAGAAGCACCAUGCAGACACCACAAAAUUAUACCUCACACACAACUAGUAGUGGGUCUCCCAUUUCUAGGUUGCCAUCGUCUCUUUCAGAUUCUUGGAGAAGUCCAGUUGGAAGUGCUAGUCCUUUUCAUGGGCACCAAGGAACUCCUCCUGGUGUCUGGAACAGAUCUGCUGGCAGGGCUGGCUAUAGCUUUCCCUUCCAUUCACCAAGAGGUCGUAGCUUCUCCAGUCCGCCUCCUGGAUGGGGUGGUAGCCAUAGUCCUUAUUCUGGAAGAGGAAGCAAUCAUAAGUUCAGUAACAGCCCCAGCUUUGGUUCAGGACGAGGUGGUGGAAGAGGGCGUGGUUUACAUGCUAUUGCCUCAGCACACGAGAAACCAUAUAUGUUCUACAACAAGACUAUGCUAGAAGACCCAUGGAGGCUGUUGACACCAGUUGUAAGAAUUUCAGUUCUACCAGUUAGCACUCAGCAUACCCAUGAUUCACCAAGAUCUUGGCUUCCGAAUUCACUUCUAAAGAAGGCUAGAGAUUCAGAAGCAGUCAAUGAGUCUAACUCUCAAUCAAGCCUCGCUGAAUGCCUAGCUGCCUCUUUCGAGGAGGCUGUUAAUGAUGCAACAAGUAUUUAAGAUCUAGGGAUAGCCGUGAACGUGGGCUACUUUUAUAGAUCUCUUUGCUAUGCUUAUGAUCUCAGAAUGAGUUUGGUCUCUUUUGAAAAAUCUACUGUUCCUCUACUGCCAAAAGCUCCAAAGGUAGCUGAGGAAGAUCUCAAAGAAAAGGGUGGCCAUGAGCAAGUAUGCCAAGGCAUGUAAUUUAUUUGGCAUCAGUUUGGUCCAGAAUUGUGAGAAGCUUAAUACACCUCUCCCCUUAAGGAAGUUACUAAUGAAUGUGUCUUGAUGUUUGAUUGUUUGUCAUUAUGAAUGGAAGUGGAAAAAGUGGCAAUAUUUUAUGUUU